ACAGCAGGCGCCGAUAUCCACAGGGCCGUUAUAAGAAUCCUCCUCCCUCCCUUCUCCUCUUACACAAGAUAAUCAAGUAAAGAUAAAGAAAACGGACAGAAGGGAAGGAAAGUGUGCUGGACUCCAGAUCUUUGAUUCCUGGUAGUUAUAUUCAAAUGGGGCACUUCUCUUUGAGAAGUGAAGGUGUUUCUCACGGCUACAGAAUUUACAAUCAGAACGGGAGCAGACUUAACCGAUACGAGCAAACGUUUCCUUCCUUUUCUUCUCUGCUGCUUAUUUUAGCCGCUUCUCCAUCCCGCUGGGAAUACCAUCCAGAUCUUAGUCCAGGUAGAUCUGACGUCAAGAGAUGGCUUUCGUAGAUUUGACGUGUAAACACUGAUUUCCAUUCCGACUCGGAAGGGCUGGGGCUCCACUCUGCCGGGAGACCAGGAGACCGGGAGACCGAAGCGCUGCACUGAGCGCUCGCCGCCACCCAGCCUCUCCGGCGCGUCUCUCUGUCUUGUCGCAGAACAACCGGGAGCGAGAAGUGGUCCAGAGCCGGAGGGUGGAAGGGGCGAUCCUUUCUGGCUUUUCUAUCUUGCUUCUCAUCCCCCCUCUCCUUCCCACUCGUGUGCGAGCGAGUGGGAGAGCCAUGGAGCCAAGAGCCUGGACUCUGCGGUGUACUGCUUUCGCUCUCUUUUGCGCUUGGUGUGCAUUGAAUAAUGUAAAAGCGAAGAGGCAGUUUGUGAAUGAAUGGGCGGCGGAGAUCCCCGGGGGACCGGAGGCAGCCUCAGCGAUAGCCGAGGAGCUGGGCUAUGACCUUCUGGGUCAGAUUGGCUCACUUGAAAAUCACUACUUAUUCAAACAUAAAAACCAUCCUCGGAGGUCUCGAAGGAGUGCCCUUCGUAUCACUAAGAGAUUAUCUGAUGAUGAUCGUGUGCUAUGGGCUGAACAACAGUAUGAAAAAGAGAGAAGUAAACGUUCAGUUCUAAGAGACUCAGCACUAGAUCUCUUCAAUGAUCCGAUGUGGAAUCAGCAGUGGUACUUGCAAGAUACUAGGAUGACUGCAGCCCUGCCCAAGCUGGACCUCCAUGUGAUACCUGUUUGGCAAAAAGGCAUCACAGGCAAAGGAGUUGUUAUCACUGUACUGGAUGAUGGCUUGGAGUGGAAUCACACAGACAUCUAUGCCAACUAUGAUCCAGAGGCUAGCUAUGAUUUUAACGAUAAUGACCAUGAUCCAUUUCCCCGAUAUGAUCCCACAAAUGAGAACAAACAUGGGACCAGAUGUGCAGGAGAAAUUGCCAUGCAAGCAAAUAAUCACAAGUGUGGGGUCGGAGUUGCAUACAAUUCCAAAGUUGGAGGGAUAAGAAUGCUCGAUGGCAUUGUAACGGAUGCUAUUGAAGCCAGCUCAAUUGGAUUUAAUCCUGGACAUGUGGAUAUUUACAGUGCGAGCUGGGGCCCUAAUGAUGAUGGGAAAACUGUGGAGGGGCCUGGCCGACUAGCCCAGAAGGCUUUUGAAUAUGGUGUCAAACAGGGGAGACAAGGAAAGGGCUCUAUCUUCGUCUGGGCUUCUGGGAAUGGGGGGCGUCAGGGAGAUAACUGUGACUGUGACGGGUACACCGACAGUAUCUACACCAUCUCCAUCAGCAGUGCCUCGCAGCAAGGCCUAUCCCCCUGGUACGCUGAGAAGUGCUCCUCCACGCUGGCCACCUCGUACAGCAGCGGCGAUUACACCGACCAGCGAAUCACGAGUGCUGACCUGCACAACGACUGCACAGAGACCCACACAGGCACCUCUGCAUCAGCGCCCCUGGCUGCUGGCAUCUUCGCUCUGGCCCUGGAAGCAAAUCCAAAUCUCACCUGGCGAGAUAUGCAGCACUUGGUUGUCUGGACCUCUGAGUAUGACCCACUGGCCAAUAACCCUGGAUGGAAAAAGAAUGGAGCAGGCUUGAUGGUGAAUAGUCGAUUUGGAUUCGGGUUGCUAAAUGCCAAAGCUCUGGUGGAUUUAGCUGAUCCCAGGACCUGGAGCAGUGUGCCUGAGAAGAAGGAGUGUGUUGUAAAAGACAAUGACUUUGAGCCCAGAGCCCUGAAAGCUAAUGGAGAAGUUAUCAUAGAAAUUCCAACAAGAGCUUGUGAAGGACAAGAAAAUGCUAUCAAGUCACUGGAACAUGUGCAAUUUGAAGCAACAAUUGAAUAUUCCCGCAGAGGAGACCUUCAUGUCACCCUCACUUCUGCUGCUGGAACCAGCACCGUACUGUUGGCUGAAAGAGAGCGGGAUACAUCUCCUAAUGGCUUUAAGAAUUGGGACUUCAUGUCUGUUCACACAUGGGGAGAGAAUCCCAUAGGCACUUGGACUUUGGGAAUUACAGACAUUUCUGGAAGAAUGCAAAAUGAAGGAAGAAUCGUGAACUGGAAGCUAAUUCUGCAUGGGACCUCUUCUCAACCAGAACACAUGAAACAGCCCCGAGUGUACACGUCCUACAACACCGUUCAGAAUGACCGAAGAGGGGUGGAGAAGAUGGUGGACUCGGGGGAGGCGCAGCCCACACAAGAGAACCUGAAUGAGAACCCUCUGGCAUCCAAAAGCCCCAGCAGCAGCGGUGUGGGGGGCAGAAGGGAUGAGCUGGCAGAGGGAGCCCCUUCUGAGGCCAUGCUACAACUCCUACAAAGCGCUUUCAGCAAAAACCCACCCCCAAAGCAAUCACCAAAGAAGUCUCCAAGUGCAAAGCUCAACAUCCCUUACGAAAAUUUCUAUGAAGCCCUGGAAAGGCUGAACAAACCUUCCCAGCUUAAAGACUCUGAGGAUAGUCUGUAUAAUGACUACGUUGAUGUUUUCUAUAACACGAAGCCUUACAAGCACAGGGAUGACCGGCUGCUGCAAGCUCUGGUGGACAUUCUGAGGAAGGAAAAUUAAAAUGAGUGGUGGUCCUAAGUUGGAAAUAGUCAUGCUUCUUCCUUCCCGUUAGAUAUUGCCUGUGUCUGAAGUGGUUGUUUUGUCAUUGAUUCUUCUGCUUGUAAUAUCCUUUGCGGUACUUUUUCUUUUUCUCCCCAGCCUGGAUAGUUGAAAGCUAUGAGCUCAAGCAGUAAAUCCAACUUCCUGAAUUGAUUAUAGCUCUUUCAAAACACAUCUUCCCUGCCUGCACAAGUCAAAUCUUUUGUUCUUUCUGGAGCCACGGUUCACACGUGGUCCUCAUACCACAUGAGAAUGCCUCCUCAGGCCUCCCAUUUCAUGUCUGAAAAGAAAAAGCAUAACCUGGGCAACAGGUAAUUUGAAAAAGUAAUCUGCAAAAAAUGAGAGGAAGGAAGACUAUUCUUAACAGCUUGUCCUCUGUCUUUGCCAUGUGGUGAUUCAAAUUGUAAUGCUAAAGAAGGGUUUGGAAAGUCUCUAAUGAAGGAGUUCACAAUCAGACUCACACCCUGGGUCUUUCUACUCCAAAGUACUGCUCGUUCAGGAAGUGGCCAUUAGAUCAUUCUGGGGAAAGGCUGGGUUAUUUAGAUCCAGAAACAGGCCUCAAACCCUGCAUUUUCUGGUUUGAGCAGUUUUAGGGCAUUUUUCUUUUCUUGGUGUGCCAUGGAGAGGCCUCCAUGGAUCUAAAGGUGACUGUGACUCAUGCUGUGAGCUCUGGCCUUCCUCUCUUCCUCAUUACCUUCUCCUUUCUCAGCCACAAACUAAAUACUGAGAGAGCUACUGAUACCACUUUCUUAGAACAAACUUAUACUUGGGACUUGGCAAAUUCCUAAUCGUAAUUUUUUUAAUAGUCAUAAUAGGAAACCACUCAUAACAUGGAAAACCAAUAACAGGAAAAUAUUCAUAAUAAGGAGAGCCAAUGGGAGGCUUCAUUUGUUUUUUAAAUUAUGUUCAUUAGAGCAGAUUUUUCUAGAUCUUUGAAACUGAGUGUUCAUUCCUUGACACUAAAGGCCCUUCUCCAGUCUUAAAGAUGAUAGUAUCCAAAUUCUCACCAAAUUGUCUCCAAGCUUCAACUCAGAGGACACAAGCUGGCAGCCCAAAGGCUAGAUUUUGUUUGGCAUGUUAAAUGUUUUAAAUAUGUGAGUGAUUAUUGAAAAUAUGAGAUUUCACAUAAAACCUACUUCUCAGACCCAUCUUCCCUCAUCGCAACAGUUGGUUGGAGCUGAGUAGCAGCUGCCCAGCUAGACUUGAACACAUGCCCCCAUGAUACCCUGUUCCGUGCUGCUUAUCACGGGCACCUUACCGGUCAGCAUUCAAUAGGCAUUUGAUUUUACCCUUUCCUGCACUAAUGAACAUGUACAAAGUGUAAAUGCAUUAGGAAAAAAAUAUCCCCAACUUCUUUCAGGUAGGACCUGUAUGAUAAUCAAUAAUUAUAAGAAUCUGUCAUGAUCUAAUUUAUAGGCCAAAAAAAAAAAAAAUGGUAUUUGAGACCCCUGAAAAUACCUCUGAAAUCUUGUUUGACUUAUAUGUUUAAUCUCACCUUACCCAGAUGCUCAUUUAUACUAAUUCAUUAACCGCCAAUCCCCUCACUUCCCACUCCCUAUAUGCUCACAAAGGUUCCAGUCACCUACAAUACUGGCAUUCUCCCACUGAGUUUGCUGUUUGCAAUUCUUCCAUGAAGUCUGAACUUCAUAAGGCCACACAUGCACUGGACCAGGAAGAGAACUACAUUGAACUAGAUCAGGAAAAGAACCCUAGAGUCUGUCACUUGCUUUAAAGUGUGUUUGGUAAGACAAACUUUCACCCCCAAUUCUACCAUUUGAAUUUGUGCCGAAUGAGGGUAUUUCCAGAGCAAUACCCAUGAUGCAUCUAGGAUGUUCUCCUGAAAGAAUUGCAGUAUCACUCUGUCCUUGGAAGUAUCACAUGUUGUUUGAUACAUAGUGUUAGAUAGAAUUUUGAAAAUUUCUGCACAUCAAAAAGUAUUAAAUAAAGCUGAAAAGUACCAGAGAGUUAUUGGAUCAAUUUUCAACUAAAAAAAUAAAGCUAAGGCCCAGAGAGGCCAAUAAACGGUAAAAAAUGAAAACUCAUCCUAUCCCCAUUCCUAACCUAGUGCUAAUUGUAUGAAGCUUUCUUUUUCAUUCUUCUGACAGUAUCUUUUCCUGGUUAAAACCCCAACCAACCAUUGGAUUGUAGCCAAAGGUUCAAUCAAGAGAAGCUUUAAUGUUUAAAUAAAGUCAUGUUUGAAUGUUUCCAACCUGGAACAUAUUGUUCAGACAUAAAAUAUUUUUGUCAGUCUUUCUUAGUGCCUGUGUGGAUUUUUGUGACAAUGUAGAAAAGGAAACUUAUAUAAUAUUUCCCUCAGAAUUUUAAACUAUAUUUUCUUUACAGGUAUUUAUAAUGCUUUACCAAAUGCUUUUAUCAAACAGAAUUUUAAAAGGCAUAAUAAAUUAUAUCAAAAACCAAAAUUUUCCUGAGAAUAAGAGAGUUUCAUCCAAUAAAAUAUUUUUGAAAGGCAUGUUCCUCUGUCAGUGAAAAAAAAAGUGUAAUAUAUAUGUGUUGUGGUAUUAAAAAUGACAUUUGUCUAAUAGCCUAAUACAAUGUGUAGCUGAGUUUAACAUGUAUGGUCUUCGCAUUUUUAAAGGAACUCCCACAUUAUAUACUUGAUGUAUUAACUAGAAUAUGUACAAUAUGCUUAUAAAUCAAAAGAAUAAAUGGUUUCUCACAAAGUC